AAGUUUUGAUCUUUGUAUCUUGCCCUAUAUAAUUCUUACUCUCAAAUAACCAAAUUUCAAUCUUUGAAAAGCAUUGCUCUCUAUCCUACAAGUCAUGGAGUUUUGCACCCAAAUUGCAACACAAUCAAUUCUUAACGAGAUGAAUAAGAAUGUGAGCAGUGCUGAAAACGUUUUAAUGUCUCCUAUAUCAAUAUGCUUGAUGCUGAAUGUAUUGGCUGCUGGAGCUGGAGGAAAGACAUUAGAGCAGUUGUUGAAGUUUCUUGGUUCAAAUGGAAUCGAAGAUUUGAACCAAAAAUCUUCUCUGAUGAUGUCUCUACUCCACUCCUCCUCUGCUCCUCCAAAGCAUCCCAUGGGCUUCUUCCCCACAUUUCCCCACAACACAGAACAAAAACAACUUCAACAACUUCAACAACAACAACCUCUUUUUUCUGUUGCAAACGCUAUACUGGUUGAUAAACAAUACCAGCUAAUUCCAUCUUUCAAAGAAAUUACGGAAACAAUCUAUAAGGCAAAAGUGGAAAAUGUCGACCUUAAAUUUGAGGCUGAUAAAGUUAGAGAAAAUGUGAACUUAUGGGUGGAAAAGGAGACAAGAGGUCUCAUCAAAGAAAUUUUGCCAAAGACUGUAGAAUUGGCUCCCCCACUUUCUCUUGCUAAUGCUUUAUAUUUCAGGGGAUCAUGGGAAGAUCCUUUUAUGGCCUGGAAGACUAAACAUAAGAAGUUUCACAUUCUUAACAGAGAAAUAAUCGAUGUACCUUUCUUGAAUAGUUAUGAUGUUUAUCGCUCCUAUGCAUCCCUUGAUGAUUUCAAGGUUCUCAAACUCCCAUAUGAAAGAGGAAUAGGUGAUGAUGGAAAGCCAUUACAAUUCUCUAUGUACUUGCUUCUUCCUCAUGAUACGUACGGAUUACAAGAUAUGGUGAAAAAGUUCAAUUCAGAUCCGAAACUGUUGGCGCCCAAGAGUCUUAAUAAUCAUCUAAGGAAGGUGGAACUUUCUCGUGUGUCAAUUCCCAAGAUGAAAUUCUCUUAUGGUGUUGAUGUUAAGGAGUUACUUGAGGAUCAAGGGUUAACUUUGCCUUUCAGUGUGAAUGCAGAUUUCUCAAACAUGGUUAAUGUCAAUCCUGUUACUAAUGUUUAUGUAAACAUUAUGGUUCACAAGUCUUGUAUCGAAGUGAAUGAAGAAGGGACAGAGGCUGCUGCAGCCACUUUUGCUAGAAUCGCAUUCGGUUUUGAUCCAGAUUGUGAGCCUACUCCAGUUUCUACCUUUGUUGCUGACCAUCCAUUCAUGUUUAUGAUUGUUGAAGAGUUUACAAACCUCGUUGUUUCCACCGGGGCAGUUCUUGAUCCACAAAACUAGAAACAUUUUUGUUUAUGAACUGUUGUUUGUAAUUAGUAAUAGUAGUUUCUAGACAUUGUUUUCAGCUUCUUUUUACUUUUCUUUUGGUACUGAAUUUUAAGCUAGUAUAACUAUUAAUACAUAUAUCGUGUAUUUCUUUCUUCCUUGUAAUGAAGUAUUUGAAAUGGUAUUAGUGAUAUUUUUUCAAAAAAAAAAAAUGGUAUUAGUGAUAUUAUGUGUUUACACGUACUGUCCUGUCAAAACAGAUGCCCAAGAUAACUUUGAAUGGUCAUUUUGAAACUAUAAAACUUAGAAAGUUUUCUUUGUCAUUUGGCUAUUUUGUUUUAUUUAAUAAAAUACAGUUAUGGAUUA